CGUCACCCCGGCAUUCGCUAUAUAAGGUGGCGCUGCCAUUUCUUGUGUACGUGUUAAGCACAGAUCUUUGACUUCGUGCGUGUAUUUCUCAAGGAAGCAGUCGCAGUCCCUCAGUGGAACCUUAAUCUUAUCGUAUGUCCGCUAUCCAGAACCUCCAAUCUUUCGACCCCUUUGCAGAUGCAAGUAAGGGUGAUGAUUGGCUCCCAGCGGGGACAGAAGACUCUAUCCAUAUAAGGAUUCAACAAAGAAACGGCAGGAAGACCCUUACCACAGUUCAAGGCAUAGCUGAUGACUACGAUAAAAAGAAAUUAGUCAAAGCUUUCAAGAAGAAAUUUGCUUGCAAUGGUACAGUGGUUGAACAUCCAGAAUACGGAGAGGUGAUCCAGCUUCAAGGGGAUCAACGCAAGAAUGCUUGUCAGUUUCUUGUUGAGGUUGGACUUGCUAAAGAUGACCAACUGAAGGUCCAUGGGUUUUAACAUUAAAGUCGUCAACGAUCCUUCAAGACUUCCUGCAACAACUAAACUAUUUCCAUCUUCCUUGUCACAAGUUUAAGGCUUGUAUCACCAUUCUACAGAUUCUUUAUUUUAUUACAAAGAGUAGAAAACCUGUUACAUCUUUUGGUGGCAAACUGUUUUUAAAUGUCUUUCAUAACACUGCCACCUUACUUGUCAAAAGCUAAUGGUGCUUUCAGUCUUAACACUUAUACACAUAAUGGGAAGGUGACAUGACCAAAGCUGCUCAAUAUCUGGAAACGUGUCACUUAACAGGUUGUGAUUGUGUUGAACAUGUUGUAAUCAAGUACCUGGCACAAGGUUUUACAUAGCAAAGGAGCUAUUGGAAUGCUGUAUAGCAUCUUAUUUGGUGCUGUCACAAGAUGACAUAGAUGAGAGAGGUGCUACGUUAAACUUAUGACAAGCAAACCAGCAGGACUCUAAAGUAGCUUAAUGCAGUAACUACUUUGUCUGUUGUAUAAAAGCAAAUUCUUUGGUUUAUAUUUAAUUUUUAUUUGUUUUUACCACUUAAAUAAAAUGCAAUAAAACAAA